CUGAGCAUGCUCAGACCCCUCAGUGUUGUCAGGCAAAAUAUAAGACAGCAGUAAGAGCAGAGAUCUGCAAUAGAUAAACACACAGACUCACACACACCAGCUGGCUUGCUCGCAGACACACCGCCAGCAAUCGAGGGACAGACACUUUAGAAUGGUGGGACUGUGGCUCCGGUUUCCCUGAUUUCCUAUUUUUAAUGGGCUCAUUGUCAUCUAUCGUUUCAGUGGAAAAACGGCCGCCGAGAGAGGGAGGCAGGUGUGCCCUUUAAGAGGGGGAGCAGCUGAGGCAAGGACAGCAUCCCAGUCUCCAUCCUCUGUGGAGGUUGUGUAUUUCUGAGGAGGGCACGAAAGAAAGGCGCCCAGUCAAAGCUCACCGGCUUUCUGUUCUCGUUCCUUCCACCUGGAAUUAGGCUGCAAUGGUUGGCAGUAGUCAAAGGCCCAAACCUGUUUGAGAGAGCCCUAUGAACAGCAGAUCCAAUGGACAUCAAAGGCCAGUGUUGGACAGACGAGGAGUCGGACGGGGAGAAUGAAUCGGAACAGUUCCUGUAUGGCAUUCAGGGAAGCUGUGCCGCUGACCUGUACCGUCACCCUCAACUGGAUGCAGACAUCGAGGCUGUAAAAGACAUCUACACUGACAGUGCUGUCUCUGUCAGGGAGUAUGGAACCAUUGAUGACGUGGACAUCGAUCUUCAUAUUAACAUCGGUUUCUUAGAUGAGGAGGUUGCGACAGCUUGGAAAGUUAUCAGAACAGAGCCCAUUAUUCUGAGACUACGCUUUUCUCUUUCUCAGUACCUCGAUGGACCUGAGCCAUCAGUAGAAGUGUUCCAGCCUUCAAAUAAAGAAGGAUUCAGCCUGGGCCUGCAGCUCAAAAAGAUCCUGAGCACAUUCACGUCACAGCAGUGGAAGCACCUCAGUAAUGAGUUCCUCAAGGCCCAGCAGGAGAAGAGGCACAGCUGGUUCAAAGCCGGAGGAACCAUCAAGAAGUUCCGUGCCGGUCUCAGCAUCUUCUCCCCCAUCCCGAAAUCUCCAAGUUUUCCUCUGAUCCAAGACACAGUUUUAAAAGGGAAGCUGAGUGUCCCUGAGCUGAGAGUGACACGCCUGAUGAACCGCUCCAUCUCAUGUACCAUGAAGAACCCGAAAGGGGAACUUUUCAGCUAUCCACCAAAUAGCCAGGCGGGCGGCCACUGCAAGAACAUCCCUACCUUGGAGUACGGCUUCUUAGUGCAGAUAAUGAAGUAUUCAGAACAGAGGAUCCCCACGCUUAAUGAGUACUGUGUGGUCUGUGACGAACAGCACGUCUUUCAGAACGGAUCCAUGCUGAAGCCGGCUGUGUGCACCAGGGAGCUGUGUGUGUUCUCCUUCUACACUCUGGGUGUGAUGUCUGGAGCUGCAGAGGAGGUGGCCACCGGAGCAGAGGUGGUGGACCUACUUGUGGCUAUGUGUCGAGCUGCUCUUGAGUCUCCCCGAAAGAGUAUCAUCUUUGAGCCCUACCCGUCAGUCGUCGAUCCCAAUGACCCCAAGACUCUGGCCUUCAACCCAAAGAAGAAGAAUUAUGAAAGACUGCAGAAAGCACUGGAUAGUGUUAUGUCCAUCCGGGAAAUGACGCAGGGUUCAUAUCUGGAGAUCAAGAAACAGAUGGACAAAUUGGACCCACUGGCUCAUCCCUUGCUACAGUGGAUUAUUUCCAGUAACAGGUCUCAUAUCGUCAAGCUGCCUCUCAGUAGGCAACUGAAAUUCAUGCACACCUCCCACCAGUUCCUGCUGCUCAGCAGCCCCCCAGCCAAGGAAGCUCGUUUUCGCACUGCCAAGAAGCUUUACGGCAGCACCUUUGCCUUCCAUGGUUCCCAUAUAGAGAACUGGCACUCUGUUCUGAGAAAUGGACUAGUCAAUGCCUCUUACACCAAACUGCAGCUGCAUGGUGCAGCGUAUGGAAAGGGCAUCUAUCUGAGCCCCAUCUCCAGCAUAUCUUUUGGAUACUCAGGAAUGGGAAAAGGACAGCACCGCAUGCCCACCAAAGAUGAACUAGUGCAGCGUUACAACAGGAUGAACACCAUACCACAGAGCCGUCCAAUACAAUCAAGGUUCCUUCAGAGUCGAAACUUGAACUGCAUUGCUCUUUGUGAAGUUAUCACAUCCAAGGAUCUGCAGAAACACGGUAACAUCUGGGUGUGUCCAGUGUCCGACCACGUCUGUACUCGCUUCUUUUUGUAUGAAGAUGGCCAAGUAGGAGAUGCCAACAUCAACACCCAAGAGCCUAAGGUGCAGAAGGAGAUCAUGCGUGUGAUUGGGACCCAGAUCUACUCCAGCUAAUGGAGGUUCACCAGCGGCGCUUGGAUCCAUACGUCUCUCUGGUGGAGGCACAAAGGCAGGAAGACAGUUAGAGCGAAUGUUUGGGUGAGCUUUCCUCAGGCCUGAUACUGAGGGACGAGGUAGCUCUUUCAGCACAUCAUUUCUGAAGAUGUUUUGUUCUGGUCUUCUCGUUUUCUUCUCCUUCUUUUGUUCUUCUCCUCGGAAUGGUUACACAUCAAAUGUUCAUUUAACCUUCAGUUAGGUUUAAUCUGGUUAAAGUCUGCUUUUCUCUGUUCGUGGCAUUUACAAAACACAGAAGAAGAAAAAAGUAGUCACUGGAAUUGCUAUCUACACACACAGAUACACACAUGCACACACUCCUCUGAACGUGGGUUGACUGUGCUUUCUCCUUUUUUUAUGCAGCAAUUUUACUGCUCCCUUGGACUAAUUAUCUCCAUUUAUCAUUUCUCUUUGUGAAUAUAUAAUGAAAAAAAUAAUCAUUCUAACUAAUAAUAGAUCCCUUUGUGGCAAAUAAGUGAUGGAUUUACAUGCACAUAGAAGUUUGUUCUAUUAUUGUGUUUGCACAGCCAUUAUCUCUUUUCACCUUAUUCAAUAUUCUUUAACUAAUGACAUGACUUAAGGUCCGUGACACGGUUAUCUGGGGGGCGAGCAGUACUCUGUUGUUUUGUCCUUGUCCACUGGAUAAAGCAUAAGGAAUCUAAUAAGCGAGGUGUGGCUUGAACUCAAGUCACAUUCACUAUGAGCACUUUGUUUUUGAUGACAUUAUGUAAAAAUCCAGUUACAAACAUUAUGAUUUUUCAUUGUAGAAUUAGGACAGAUCUGACUGAUGAUGCACUUUUAUAAACCUUACAGCCCCCAAAUAACAAAUGAACAUGAUUUUUUUUAGAAGUUUUUAUUUGACUGGACUAACGUGCAGCAUUGCAGGCUUCAUGACAACAAUUUCCUUGAAAAUCCAUUCCAUGAAUAUUUUUGCUAUUAACGUUUUUUUUUUUUUUUCUCAAUGAAGGCCUGUACUGUAAAAGGGCUGGCAUUACUACUGAUCUCACUGAGAAUCAACACCCAACAGCUUUUUGCCACUUUUAGAUUUCUUUCAUGUUUUGGUGCUGAGGAGAGCUUCUUCCUCUAGUUUCCACUUCACACUUUAAAGUGGAUAAUAGUUUGUCGUUUUCAUCUGUUGUAGGUUUUUCAAAGUUUUGUCCAAGUCUCAUGGGAUAUGCAGUUCUUAAAUGCUAACUAAGCAGUUGGUAAAAGUGUAUCAAGGCCCAAAUGGAGUAUGUUUGUUUUAGUGCCACUCUGCUCUAAAAUGGUCAAAAAUUCUGUGAUGGAGAAUUUGUCAGAUUCACUCCUCAAAAACAGUAAUAAAAACACAUUUAUAAAAUACACAUAUGACAAUCCUCUCACUCACUGAAAUAAAAAAAAAAACAGAACAGGUGAAUGGAUUUAGUCUGUGAACAUGUUGCAUCUGUUACUUAUGUUCUCUGUUUAAAAAAAGAAAACACAAUCUGUCAUGUACCAUCAUUUUAAGCAGUGCUCUCUACUUAAAAGACAGGGGAGAGAAGUUCAUUUCAAAAUAAACCUCUUUGAGUAAAAACUACACUGACCACUGGAUUCAGAAAGAACAAAAUCCACUGUACAGAAAAUCAUGGACAAUUUUCCAAAAGUAUUUACAGACAGUGUCCGGUCUGGAUGAGCUCACAUCCUUCUCACCUCAAAACUAAUGGACUGUGGAUAUUAUAGAGGUGCAUUAAUGUGCAACUUUUUGGUUUCACCUUGGAGAAUGGCAACCUUGUAUAGCUAAUCAAGUUUAUCAUUUAGUCAUGUACUGUAUGUAUGUAUGUAUGUAUGUGUGGCUUUGUAUUUUCUUGACAUUAUACUAGACAUUGCACUUACUCAACGUUUGCCUAAACUGGAGAAAUUGACUGUCCUCGGACCUGCAUUAGACGGGCAAUGAAGGAAAAGAAGCGCUAAAAUAAAUAUUUAUGGAGUCGACAAGACUAUAAUAUCCAACAUCCUAAAUAUGUCUGUACUAAGAUGGGCUGUCAUUGUCUCCUGGAACUGGAACUCUUCACUACUGAAUGGACUUAGAGGCACUGAAAGGAAAACAAAUCGUAAAAUAAGGACAUUGGAGACCCCAUUGAAAUGUAUUGUCCAGAAAGAGAUGGACAUGUACAGCUGACCCAUUGUGGUGCGGGACUCUGCUAAUAGCUGAUGCCUGUUUUUGUCAAGCGGCUUGAGCAGCGAGUCUCCUUGAGAAUCUAUUCUCUCGCUGUCUGUCUCUGGUGAGUAAUGUUUUCAAAGAUGAUGUUGACAACAAUGAUGGUGAUUAUGAUGAAGAUGAAAGGCGGCGAUGUAGGAGGAAAAAAAAAAGAAUAAAGCCUGAUUUUGCACAGUUUUA